GAGCUGGAUCAUCGUAAUUAAAUAGUGGUUGCGUCAAGAGCGAUGGUUUUGCCUACUCUCGCCGUCAUGAUGGAAUGCCAUCAAUGCUGUGUGGAUUCAUCUCAUCUCGAAUAUAGCUGAGUACUCGGAACCAGCUGUGAGAGCAUCGCCAAUUCACCAUGCCGUCUUCCCUACUGUACUCACCUGUCCUUGACCUAGGACCAGCACUACGAGAGGUCUUCCUGUCACCGCUCUUGUCUGGGCCGCUUCUCCUGGCCGUCACAUAUGCGCCUGAUGCUGUACGAGAAUUGCUUUCGAAUAUAGCGAUCAGACUGCCUGCUCUACAAGGGCUGCUAUCCAAUUUGGACCCAUCUACCGCUGUCACAACUUUGCGCCUUCUCUUUGCUGUCAGCGGUGUACAUUGGCUCAACCGGGCUCUUAACGAGAUGGCUGCGAAUUCGUGGCGUUUGACGGCGAGCAAAGGAUGGGAUUGGCCAAACGAAAUCGCAGUUGUCACUGGGGGUUCGAGUGGCAUCGGAAAGCUCACGGUUGAGAAACUCGCGGCCCAUGGCCUGCGUGUUGCUGUUCUCGAUAUUCAAGACUUACCCAAAUCUAUGGAAACCAACACUCGUAUUCGCUUCUUCAGAUGUGAUGUGACAUCCUCUGAAUCAGUGGCGGAGACCGCGGGCGCCGUCCGCCGGGAAAUCGGACACCCAUCCAUCCUCAUCAAUAACGCCGGCAUUACCAGCCCAUGUACAAUCCUAAAGAUGUCGGAAGCCUAUCUACGGAAGAUAUUCGGCGUUAAUUCCAUGUCGCAUUGGUUUACAGUCCAGCAAUUUCUCCCGCACAUGAUUCAGAUGAACAAGGGCCACGUCAUCACAAUCGCCAGUCUUGCCUCUUUCGUGGCCUUGCCUACAGCUGCUGACUACUCGGCUUCGAAAGCAGCAGCUCUUUCUUUUCACGAGGCUUUAACAUGCGAACUCAAGCACUGCUACGAGGCCCCUAAUGUGAUGACUACUGUUGUUCAUCCCAACUACGUCCGAACCCCUCUCCUCGACAACGUUGCUGACCAUCUCGAAAAUUCUGGCGUCCGUAUGCUUACGAGUGAGCAAGUAGCUGAGCCGAUAGUCAGACAGAUUUUGAGCCGCCGGGCUGCCCAGAUAAUCAUUCCAACAUCAAUGACAAUGGCCUCUGCUAUUAGGGGUUGGCCGACCUGGUUACAGGAGUUGAUCCGGGACACUUUAGGUCGUUCGUCUUUGAAGUCGUAAAAUGUCGAUGUACAUAUACAGCUGUGCAGUCAACAAGAUGGGAAGGAACAUGUUGAAUAUGUUUGAAAUAUGAUUUAAAUGAUACUUGUAUGAUAGUAAUUGUUUCUGCUUGUCACAUAGCCCUACCACACGAGAAAUGCGCACAGCUUUUCUGUAUCGAUUUGAAAGUUGAUACGUUGACAAUUACAUAUUCUCUAUGAAGAUUCACAUGUGCAUUUCUCUUGUAUUCUGCUAUGCCUGCUGUAGCUUCCCUGGCUCUGGUAAUUUAACGGUAAUAAGA